GUGCUUCGUUCCAGGCUUUCCAAAAGCCCUAAGGAUUUUGGAGUAUUUCGCAGCUUUCUCCCUUGAGAAAGUACUUUUGCUUGAAAAUAAGGCCAUAUUCGGAAUCAGCGUCAAAAUCUGCGUCUGGUGACAUGCUUUUUAACUGCUUUGCUGGAAAAUAACUUUUAACGUUUUUUCUCAGGCUUCAGCCCCUAAACCAGUACUUCGUAGAACAGGCGAAAAUCUUUUUUUUUUCGAAAAUCUUUAUUUUUGCGUUUAAAAUCAUUUAGUUUUACAAGAAAUAGCGUUUUAGCACUGCUGCGAUAAUGCGAAACGGAAAAUGCGAGACCAAACAAGAGAUAAAGUUGUCUGGCAAAAAGUUUCAAGUGGAUCUUGGCCAUAGAUUUCCAAGAAAAAUAAUUUGUUGCGAAAAAUAAUGAACUUACACAUCAUUCGAUGCAGAUUUUCAUGCGGAUUCCGAAGAUCUAACUAGUUUUUAUUAAAAGCGGAUUCUAUGUGGAACAAAUUGUAAAAACCCUCGAAAACCUCAAAAAAUCAUGGUUUUUGAAAAACUAUACUCAUCCAGGAUUAAAAUGUUCAAAACUGUUUCCGCGGUGUCGAUAUAGGAGGAAAAAGUCAGUGAGUUGGAAUGAAUGCGUAAGAAUUCAUAUUAGUUAUUCCUAGCGUAGCCGAAACCCAUUGGUUUGUAAUGAGAAAAAUCAUUAUAAUCCUUCACCAAAACAGGAAUAAAAUCCAUCAAAUUUUUCCUCGUAUUUAGAUAGGCUUCUAUUCGUCAUCACAAUCACGGACAACUCUGUAGGUUUGUAGGUUGUUACAAAUGCACAUUUCGAUUUAACGACUGCAAAAAUCAGUCGAGUUGUGUGUAGUGGUUUCCUAAAAUAUUUCAAAAUUAAAACAUGCAUUUUACGUGGGAAAAGACAGAAGAUGACCUUUGCGGGCUUUUUGAGCAUUGUAUAAGCGGUAUUUUUUCAAAAACCUAGCUUAUAACGGAUCAGUAAUCACACCCAUCGAUAUGGGGGACGAUCAUAUUCGGAAUCAGCACGCUCGAUUACCUAGAAAAUCUGAUUUCGUGCAGUUGAGAAGAAUUUUUGGUGGUGAGCCUGGUUUUUCAGGGGUUUUCUGGAAAACCGACAGGAUCUUUUCAAUUUCUGACAUCGCCAUUAGACUCAGCAUAGUCGAAAACCUACAAAAAAAUGUUUUUGGAUUCAAAAAACGUUAACGGGGAAAAAAUGCCGCCUGCUCUAUGAGAAAAUGCCCACUGUGCAGAGUCUUUAAAUAAUGAUUUUUUUCUGGACACUUACUCAAGUAAAUUUUUUCUGAACACGUAGAUUUGUGGAGCAGACUUUUCUGAUCAAAAUAAGACAUUGUACAACUCUGUGUGAUCUUUCGUUCAAACAUUACAAGCAUUUUUCCUACAUGUUCUAAAACAGACCAAGGAAUUCACAAGGUUUUCUCUCAAAACACGUUUUUUGUUCGCACAUGUCCAGCUAGGGGCACUUUUUUUAAAUAUACAUCAAGCUAAAAAUCUCGAGCUGGUUUUAUUUAAACCAGACGCCUAAUUGUGUGGGCUGAUGGAAGCGGAUUUUUGAAUCAGGCCUUAGUUUUCCAGAAAACUAAGGAUUUCUGGAAAAUACGUUAGAAUUUUUCGGGUUUUGAGGAUGUUGGAUCUCUGGAAAACGAACGAAGGCCUAAAUUAAAAAUCUGGCCCCAUUAGCCCACGCAAUUAAGUGUCCAGUUUAAAAUAAAACCAACCCGAGAUCUCUAGCGUGAAGUAUAUUUAAAAAAGGUGCCCCACAGUGGAGCGUGGGUUUUUGACCUUGGACUCUGGAAAACCCCGGAACGGUAGCAGAUAGCAAGAAAACAAAUUCAUAGUCACACUUUGAUAUGGCAAACAUUUACUGAAAUCGGAUGUAAGACAAAAAAGUUUUUUUCUGGGGGGCGGCCCUUACGAGAUGACCUCUUAGUUUGCGGAAAGCCUCUGAAAAAAUUCGGAAGCAUCUACGUGACAGAGCCCAAAAUGAAUCAGGAAAACCUGAUUAAAUUUGAUUCCUGGUAACAUUUCUAUACGAAAAAACAUUGCAUACAUCAUGAUGUGUCACAUGAGUUACCUUGCGCAAUGACUCAUGCAGAUUGAGUAAUAACGUUACUACAACGAAUAAGCAUUUCGACGUCUUGCAUCAGACACUUGGAGUAAACUUGAAUGGUGAAUUUGCACAAAAAGCCGCACAAAUCAUAAAAGAUUCACAUCUUAUUUGGAAACAGGAUGCAUAUGUGCUGUACAUUUCACGAUAAUGAUCUUUCUCAUGCAGGAAUUUUGCACUGAAUUGUUUACUCUGAUGAAGAAUACUUUUUUGUGACUACUUAGGCGUAUAUCAUGCGAACAUUUUAUGAUUUGUGCAGCUUUUAGUGCAAAUUCACCAUUAAAGUUUACUCCAAGUAUCUGAUGCAAGACAUCGAAAUGCUUAUUUGUUGCAGUAAGGUUAUCUGUUAGAUUAUUACUCAAUCUGUAUGAGUCAUUGCGCAAGACACCUGUGUGAAACAUCAUGACGUAUGCAAUGUUUUUUCUUAUAUGAAGCUAUGUAGAACAGAGAUUUUGUAUUCUUUCUCUUAUCAUUAUGGCCUCGUGCACUAUUAUUUCGUCGGGCUGCAACGACCCCUCGUUGGUCAAUCUACGCAUUCCAUUUCGAAACAAUAACGAAAAUGCAAAUUGUCUUCCACGGAUUAUUAUUGUCAUUGAUCGUUCCGGUUCAAUGGCUGGAGGUGAGAUUGUCUUCUGUUAACAAGAAAAGGUCUUUUUCGACUUGACUGAGAUAUUGAAUUUUCACUGGGCUUUCCCUGCAGGACUCCAGUUUUCCGGUAGAAUUAAAUUUUCGAAUUUGGACCUGAAACGUAGCACAGCCUCUGUUAGACUAGCUUGUAUAAAAGGAGUUUGUAAAUAAUUAAAGAAUUUUUUAAAACAUACAUGGUUUUAGCAACACUGUCUUGCAGCCCCUAUAUUCUGGAAAAUUCAUAUCUCGAACAUACAAUAAAAAUUAUGAAACCAUUUAUACACGCUAGUGUAACAGAAGCGAAAAAUUUAAUUUCUCGGUCAAAUCGAAAAAAGAGCACAUAUCCUCUUAGGGUUUUUCUAGAUUUUUGCCUACCGGUUCUGUAUUCCUAAUUCCGCUUCUCAAAAGACACAAAAUUUUCUACGAAUGGAUUUGCAAAUGAAUAUAAAAAACUGUUGUUUUAGAUGGUGUCCACAUCCACACACAAAAAUAGUCUUUUUCUUUGCAGAACAGAAUUAUUUUUAAUUGUCAAGCCAUUCUGUAGACAGUUGUUUCCUCCACAAACAUGCAUUAUUAGAAUAACAACAUUGAUGACUAUGGAUACGACAAAAAGAAAGAACUGCGAGCGUUCGCAUGAAGCUGAGCAAACGACCGAAAGUGCUACCUAUUAAAAAUCUAUUGGAUAGUCUGCCUUGUGCAGUUUUCGACGUUCUUUCCAUAGUGUAUUUGGAAGUUAAAUUUUAUAUUACGAGGGAACAUUGCCAGGUGAUCAAAGCCGUUUAAGCUGAUAUUUUAGGGUAGAUAGGUACCACUAAGAUAUGAAGAAUCUCCAGAGGGUUUGGGCUGAUAUGCCUUUUUGACACUGAUACGAGUUAAUAUAAAAUGAAAAUGUCAUUAAUAAUAAUUAAUUAAUAACUCACGACGUUUAGCAGUUAGAAAUCUGAACUUUUUAGCAUUCUUGAAGAGAGAUGUUGUAGUGACAUUUUAAGGCUUAUAAACCAAAAUUUCACAAGAUAUGAAUUUUUUAUGAUUUUUGUAGAUUUUAGCAAAAAUUCACCAUUGAAAAUCCCAAAACAUGUUGUUGCCUUUUAAAUCCCUUUGUUUCUGCUACAGACGUUCAAAUGUUGAACUGCGGGCUGAUUUAACAGGGAACAGACGGUUAAGUGAAGACUAUUUAGUGAUGAGAAAGUUUUUCGGACUACACUUGCUUGAGUGACCGUAUUAUUAUUAUUAAACACAAAUAAUUAGGUCCAUGGAAGCAAGUUCAAUCAGCGGCAAAGGCAAUUCAUGGAAUGAUUGCACAGCACGCGAAAACUGCUGAUUCAGAGCCUAUUGUUAUUACAUACAAUGAUACAGUGUCGAUCACAAAUCUGGCGGCCAUUGCUAAUACAACAGCAAUGGGAUCGACUGAUUUUAUCAAAGUAUUCAAUCAGGUUCAAACGACAGUGAAACAAAUUGGUGCUCAAAAGCGCAUCGUUAUUUUAUUUAUGACCGAUGGAUGUGACUCAUGCAAUCGACCUAAUGCUAUUGCCGAUGCGCACACUAAGUUACGUAUGUUUUUGAGAAAUUGUGGUUCCGAUUGUGUUGUACAUGUCAUCGGCUAUUCGAGUGGCCAUGAUCUGAAUAUGAUGAACACUUUAAAGACCUUGGGUUCAAGUGAAGGUGUCUAUCGAUAUGCGGAAGGUUCAGUGGGAUUGGACGAAAAGUUUUGUGAAUUGUUCGAAUUUGCUGGAUCAACUGUUGAACUUACACUUCGAAUGCCAAACAUCAAAGAGCCAAUCAAAGUAACCGGUGAAAUGAUCGAUGCUGAUUAUGUCGAAGCCGAAUGUUGGUUAUUGUUGCAUGAAAAUAACCAGGAGCCAGUGGUAGUAACACUUGGUACUAACGAACAUCGUCUCGUACCAACAUUUGUUCAGCCCGAUGCGGCUUUUAUUAUCAAAGCAUUAUCGAAGCGUCUGAAUGAUGUAACAAAUCAAAAAGAGCUAGAUCAAAUUCAAACUGAACUACAAGCAGUUAAAAUGUUUGGAGCUGGUGUCACAAAAGUGGAACGCCAAGGUAUAAUCGAACUCAGGGCUGAGCUUCAGACGCGUCUGGAUGCUCUACAUGCUAUCAUGGGUGAUAUUGCACGCGGGUCACUCAGUCAAACCGCUGCUCUUGCCAAAAUGAAUGAUCUACGAUAUGCCGACAAGUAG